AUGGAAACUGGAGCUCUGUCUCCCCCAGUGGAUGCGAGCUUACGACUACCAACCUCGGUACUAGAGCUAUUUGUACUCGUCUGGGUCGUCGACCUGGCUCGUAACAAUAUCAAGAAUAUUGAGAGAAGCACCACCAUAACAUUUCCUUCCCUAGAAUAUCUGGAUCUUUCUUUCAACAGAAUCAAAGAUAUCAAGAAGUAUCUUCUAUGGGGUUUCCCUAAUCUCAGAAUACUGAACAUGUCUCACAAUGAAAUACAAAGUUGCUAUUCUCCAAAAGCCUUCUUGAAUCUGAAAAACCUCAAAGAGCUAUACCUAACUAAUGAACGUUUUCAGAUCAUCAAUGGAGCUUUCCGCUACAUGGAUGCUCUUUGCACAUUAGAUUUAUCAGGCGCAGGGAUGGAAAUUCAUUCGAUACUCCAAUUUACAAAUACUACGUCUCUCGUGAAACUGGCUAUGCGUGAAAACCGUUUGAGGAGCAAAUAUUUAUUUGAUAGAUUGACCUCUAAAUCACUUUUUUUUGGACUUAGAUCAUUGGUCAGGCUGGACUUAAGAGGGAAUAACCUAGAUAUUUUAGCACCAGGAACUUUCGACCCCCUGAAGCGUCUCGAAAUACUACUCCUCUCUCAGUCAUCUAUUAAAGUCCUAAUUCCCAGUGUUUUUGACAGUCUGACUUCUCUCACAAGAUUGGAUCUUAGUGACAAUGAGAUCUCGGCAAUUCCUGGAGAUUUACUUCAAAGUCAGCCCAGGCUUGGAGUCUUCUACAUAACCAAUAACAAACUUGAUUCGAUUCCCAAGACUCUAUUCAAUAAAACCCCAUCUCUUAACCAACUGUACAUGCAACGUAACAGAAUCACCACAAUAGAACCUGGAACAGUGUUUCCUACAAACAAGACGAUGAGUAUACACGCAUCCGGAAACCCUUUCUCCUGUACAUGCGACUUGAGUUGGUUUGUGGAGUGGCUACGUUCAGGCAAUGUCGAACUCAUCCAUCCUGAUGACACACUUUGCUCACUCUCUUCCAUCGAAGACAUGGUGCAAUCGCCAAUCCUUUCAUUCCAUCCUGAUCAAUACUGUGGCAUUAAUAUCCUCAUCAUCACAGGUGUGUCCUUCUCCGUUGUUCUGGUAGCCAUCCUGAGCUUGGUGGCAUAUCGAAAACGUUGGUGGCUCAACUACAAGCUCUUCCUCCUAAAACUAGCCAUAUUUGGCUACGAGGAAAUCAACCAAGACUUUGAUGCCGAGAACUACGAGUACCAGCUCAACCUGAUGUACGAUGAGGAUGACCAGGAAUGGGUGGACCAGAUCAUGAAGCCAGUCCUGCAGGAGAGGUUUCCACAUCUCCAGAAAGUGGCUUUUGGCGAUGACAACCUCAACAUCGAGAUGUUCUACAUCCCAGCUCUCCACUACGUCGUUGAGAACAGCUUCAAGACUGUCCUCUUAAUAAGCAACAACUCUGUGGAUGAGGCCUGGUUUAUGACCAAGCUACGCAUAGCCCUAGAGCACAUCAAUGACACCAGACUGGACAAGGUCAUACUGGUUUUCCUUGAGGACAUCCAGGAUGAUGAUCUCCCGUACCUGGUCCGGUUGUUCAUGAGUAAGAACAAACCCUACAUGCUGUGGACAGAGGAUGAAGAUGGCCAGGAACUCUUCUGGGCCCAGUUUGAAAAGAGCAUGAGAGCCAACAGGGUGAUCAAUAGUGUUAUUCCUGUUUAA